CCAAAAGUUACCUUGCCACCUUUUCUCUCACAGCGUCUUCUCUUUUGUUCUUUCUGCGCUUCUCGCACCGCACGCACGACGUGCUCCUCUUUCAAAUCACUACCUCGGGUCGCUCGCGCGCGCAAACGGAGACCCCCUCCCGCGCCGCAAUGGACCCUCCAUUCCCCAAGAAUCCGGAGGAGUUCGACGCGGACGAGCGCAUCUCCUUCUCCAAGCUCGACAGCAAGUUCAUCGCCGUGCACGACGACGGCACCGAAUUCGAGUUCGACGCGGAGCUGAAGGAGUGGAUCCCGACGGGGGACGACGACCUCGACGAUGAGCCCCUCGAUGCCGAGGACUAUGGCGGAGUGACGGCCCCUGCGACCGCGGCGGCAGAUAGCCACGGGGCAGGGGCGCAGAAGCGAAAGGCUGACACGGCGGAGGAAGCGUCCGAGGGAACCGAGACGUCGAGGAGUGCGCCCCCGGCCAAGAAGAGCAAGGGCAAGGCCCCCCCGAAGCCAAAGGAAAACACGGCCGUCUACGUGACGGGCCUGCCGGCCGACGCGACCGUCGACGAGAUCCACGAGCUCUUCUCCCGAAAGUGCGGCAUCAUUGCCGAGGAAAUCGACAGCGGCGCCCCGCGGAUCAAGCUGUACACGGACGACGCCGGAAACUUCAAGGGCGAUGCGCUCGUCGUCUUCUUCAAGCCGCAGAGCGUCAGGAUGGCCCUCACGCUACUCGACGACUCCGACUUCCGCGUCCUCCCCAGCGGCCAGGGCGAGGGCCGCAUCCGCGUGCAGGAGGCCGACUCGAGCUACAAAAGGGUGAAGCACAACCCGGAGGAGAGUGGCACGUCGACGCCGGCCAGCCAGCCCGGCGCGAGGCGGUCUGCGCAGGGCGGCGGCGGCGGCGGCGACCGGCAAAAGGUCAUUAGGAAGACGCAGAAGCUCGACGCCAAGCUCGCGGAUUGGAGCGACGAAGAGGACGAGAGGUUUGCGGCGGUGGCCGCGGAGGCGGCGGCUGUCGUGCCGAAGGGGCGCAAGAAGGUGAUACUCCGCCAGAUGUUCCGCAUCUUCGAGCUGGAGGAGGACCCGGCUAGCGUCCUGGAGAUCAAAGAGGACAUUCGCGACGAGUGCUCCAAGCUGGGGACGGUCACCAGCGUCGUGCUCUACGAUCAGGAGCCAGAGGGCAUCGUCACGGUCAAGUUUAAAGAACCUGAGGGGGCUCUGCGCUGCGUGGAGCUCAUGGACGGACGGAACUUUGAUCAGCGCAUCGUCAGGGCGGAGAUCGCAACGGGUAAGGAGAAGUUCAGAAAGAGCGCCGGCGGGAAGGAUGACGACGACUCGGACUAGGCGCCGGCGGCGGCGGUAGCGAGCCGCCUCCUCGCC